AUGAAGCCAUUCUUAACGGGACAUGCAGAUUUGGUGCACGAUGUAAGCUACGACUUUUACGGCAGACAUGUAGCGACAUGUUCGAGCGACCAACAGAUCAAAGUAUUCAAGCUAGACAAGGAAACGAAUGAGUGGGAACUGAGCGAUUCGUGGAAGGCUCACGACAGUAGUGUUGUAUCGCUUGACUGGGCUGCUCCAGAGUUUGGGCGUGUCAUCGCGAGUGUAUCGUACGACAAGACGAUCAAGCUGUGGGAAGAGGAUCCAGAUGUCAGCGAGCUGUCUGGGAAACGGUGGCAGAAGCUAUGCACGUUGAACGAUGCCACUGGACCGUUAUUCUGUGUAAAAUUUGCGCCAUCGCAUUUGGGGUUGAGACUAGCAGCGUUGGGCAACGAUGGUAAGUUGCGGAUGUAUGAUGCGCUAGAGUCAUCUGACCUCAGGUCCUGGACGUUAACCAGCGAAUUGAGCGUGUUGCCCGAUCCUCCGGCAUCACACUUGCAGUCGGACUUUGAUUUGUCGUGGUGUCCUUCGAGAUUCUCGACCGAGAGACUAGCGGUGAGUGCGAUGGACCGUGCAGUGAUAUACCAGCGGAACAAACAGGGGAAGCUUGUGCCAGCGGGCGAGCUUCCGGGCCACAAGGGUCUAAUCAGGUCCAUCGCGUGGGCGCCCUCGAUUGGCAGAUGGUUCCAAUUGAUUGCUACGGGAUGUCAGGAUGGGAAACUAAGAAUAUACAAGAUUACAGAGAACCCGGAGGCAGACACUAUUUCCUCCGUUACAGAGGGUGCAGUCAAUGGCAAUGCGCCUGGUACCACGGAAUCGGACUCGACGGUACCCUUGAGCAUCGAGCUCAUCGGGGAGCACGCCGACCACCAGGGCGAGGUGUGGUCUGUGUCGUGGAACCUCACGGGCACGAUCCUCAGCAGCUCAGGCGACGACGGCAAGGUGCGUCUCUGGAAGGCCUCGUACUCGAAUGAGUUCAGGUGCAUGAGCGUCGUCCAGGCCUCGCGCUAG